AGUUCGAUCGGUUUCUCCGUCGCGCAGUUGAUUUUUCUGCAUCGGUGUCGUUGGUCGGUUUGUAAAUCCGCAGUCCGUCGUUCUCCGUAAUCCGUUUCGUUCUUGUCUGAGCCGAGGGAUUAGUGAUCCGUUCUUUGUGUGGUGGCAGUGUUCUAGUUGUUGAUAUUACAACGACCCCCCAACCAACGGAGCAGAUCCCGUCGUCGCGGAUGGUUAAAAAAGUGGGGUGGAUCCGUCAGCAAUCAGUGCCCGCAGUUUCGUCGCAUAAUUAAACUUGUAUGUGCCAUUACAACAUCUAGUUUUUCAGUACUAGAAACCUGAAAGCCGUGCUUGUGGGGCGUCUCGAAUAUCAAAGUGCGAAGAGGAAAGUGUGUUACUUGGGGCAGCUUUUUAAACCGACCGACGGACGACCGAAACAAGAGGGGAAUUUGCACCACUCGGAAUUGAUUAGUGUGUGAAGGACAAUCCCCCUUCUAAUAAACGAGGAUUAGAUAACUCAAUGGACGGUAUCCUGGGGCGAGGAAUUUGCUCGAAGCUUUCGUUGAUUCAUAGCAUUUGAUUGUGAAUUAUUCGUCCCGCGAAGAACAAAGAGAAGAAUCGAUAAAACGAGUAUCCACCGUUUGGAUACCUACUACAAGGAAGUGGUUGACUAGCGGCGAGACGAGCGGUUCAGUGCGCGGCCAGAGGGGAAGAACAACAAAAUAUCGUACGAUACAGACCGCUUUGAGUUGAACUGAGCUAAGCAGAGCGAGAGGAGCUGGAUAGAUAGCGACCGAGUGUCGUAGCGGAAUAAAGAGAGAACUAGGUAUCAUCCCAUACGGGCGAUUGUGCGCGAAGUGCGUCGCCUCGAAGUCGUUGUCGCCUCAGAGCUAGUCGUCGUCAGUCAUCUCGUCCGCGUGAUCUCCCUCGAGGCGCUCCUAUUCCGAAUAGAGUGAGCAUUAGCGCAGCUCAAUUCGGAAGUGGAAGUAGCAAAGUCUGUGCUUUGAGUUCAAGAAGAAGUUUGAACUCGCGCUUCACGUGUUCCACUUGUGAUUAGGGUGGUGUAUCCUAGGUCGCGGUUUGAUUGCCGGAGUGCUGAUAGCGAACACGAAAUGGAUACGGUCGAGACGGCUAAUCAUUUCAUGGCCUUUGGAGAGGCAUCCAGCGAUAAGAUGCCCCUCCUGGGAAGCACAAUGACGUCGUCACCAGCGGCGAACGGUCAGCUGAAGUACGACAUCAGCAGUAGCAGCAGCAGUAAUGGGAAUGGAGUGCACGCUAAGAUUAACCAACGCAUGGCGGUUUCGAAUGGGACUCCCGCUGCCGGGGAUUGCAAUGGUACGGGAUCAAUGGCGAAAUCUAGUGAGGACAAGGAAGAAGACCGAUCUGCGAGGCAGUCGUUGAUUAUUUUGGCGGCGAUCUUCUUCACCAGUUUGUUUGCGAUGAUCUACGUGUACGCGAUGUUCCCCGAGCUGGAUGAGUCCGAAAAGCAGUACAUCAAGGUCCCGUUCGACAUCGAGGAUGCCAAACAGCUGGGACGUGUCCUGGAUCGCUACAAAGAUCUCUACUACCUGGAGGUGAUGUCCGGCGUAGUCCUCGUCUACAUAUUCCUCCAAACGUUUGCCAUUCCCGGUUCGUUGUUCCUGUCGAUCCUCAGCGGGUUCCUGUACAACUUCCCCGUAGCCCUUACGCUGGUGUGCUUCUGCUCGGCCCUGGGAGCCACCCUGUGCUAUCUGCUAUCGCAGCUGGUCGGACGCCGCGUCGUCAAGCACUACUUCCCCGAGAAGGCACGCGUCUGGGCCCAGCAGGUGGACAAACACCGGGAAGAUCUGCUCAGCUACAUGCUGUUCCUGCGGAUGACCCCAUUCCUACCCAAUUGGUUCAUCAACCUGGUGGCACCGGUCAUCGGCGUUCCGCUGUAUCCGUUCGCCCUUGGGACGUUCCUCGGGGUGGCCCCGCCCUCCUUCAUUGCCAUCCAAGCGGGCAAGACCCUGUACAAGAUGACUAGCUCGAGCGAUGCGUUUAGCUGGGGCUCGGUCACGCUGCUGGCGGUGUUUUCCGUUUGUUCGCUCGUGCCGGUCAUAUUCAAGCGGUACUUCAAGUCCAAGAUCGACUAAGGAGCUGGAACACACACGGCCAUGCGUCAAGGUCUUCGCGCCUCGUCCGGCGCUGGGGACAUUUGUUUUACCACAAGCAAAAAAGGUUAGUCAGUCAUUAGGCUUACGGAGGAUAGCGGGGAGGGAGGGAUACCGAACCGAUCGGAACCGCAAUCGGAUCGAUGAAUAGUAUAAUUCUAGCCAAAGAUGAGUGUGUAAGGAUACUGAAAACUGUGUUUAUUAGCGAUUCGAGUUAGUUUUGAGAUAGUUUGUAAGACGUGAGCGGAUUUAGUGAUCGAAUAGAGAUAUUGGAAUAUGGAUGGAGCGGGUUGAGCGACUCAGUCGAAUGGCGAGAUCUAUAAAUUUGUGAAUCAAGCUAUAAUGAUUAUGAGCAUUAGACCGGUCCAAAAUGCAUAAAAUCAUGAAAUUAAAACCUUGCACUUUUGAAUGAUAGUUUGGAAGUUUAGUCUAACAUAUUUAUCUGAAAUCUUCGACUUAUGCAUUGCAAGUCUACUGCAAAUUGCUCAAAGUUUCUAUGAGAAAAGUUAACCAAAUUGUCCCCUGAUUUCCUUUGGAUUCUUUUAUCUUCUUGUCUCUUGUUUUCAAGCAUGGAGUCACUAUAGUUCCUAUUUAAAAAAAAACUAGCGACCCUCAAUUUGAAAAUUUGAUCGAUUGAUCAAUGACAAUCGAUCAAAUUUUCAGCUUGAACCACGGUCUGGUUUUCUGAAUUUGUACUCUUGGAAAUUUGAUGUUUGACUCCGAUCCAUCUUCACCUUAAGUAGUUCGCCCCGUUCCAUCUAAAUAAAGGGGGAUUUUUUUUUAUUUUAGUCGGAUACCUCACGUUUCUGUUGCACACUUUUGUGUUGGACCCCAAACGUGAACUCUUUCGACAAACUAGUAAAAAAGAAGUAUUACAAGUAGAGCUUACUGUAAGACAGAACAUAUGAACCCGAUGCAGAAAAAUAAAGCGCGACCAAGUUUGAUCCAUAGUUUUGGAUUACAUAUAUGUCUCAAAAAUUUGCCCCUCCUCAAACUAAUUGACGAGGAAGGGAAAGAUAUUAAAAUAUAUGAUGACCAAUAUAAUAGCUAAUACUUACUUAUGACGCCUAGAAAGCCACGCUACAUACCACAAAAUACUAAGAGCGACGUGGAGCAUUGCAUUGCAUUUUUCCUCUGUUUUUAGUUUUUAAAUGUUCAACAAAAAUUAUAGCAAAUUGAGUGGAAAACUUGUGCACUAAGUGCUCUGCACGGCUGUAAUAAGAGGAUUCGCGCUAGGCUCGAAAUAUAUACGGAACAAGAAGAAAAGAAAUCUAUCGUAGGAGUUAAGCAUAUAGUAAAUCUCCGUUUUUACGCUAAAACAAUGCAAAAUGAAAGAGAAAAAAAAGAUACUAAAGAAACUAGACAGUUCA